UGGGUCCAGGAAGGGCCGCUCGGCUUUGAGCCGCGUGUCCUGUGCUUUCGCUUAAUACCGCUAUGGUCCGGCUAGCAGCUGCUUUAGGUGGAUGUCUGAAGUACAACUUUAUCCUCUUAAAAUAACUUUAAUGGGAUUCUGCCUUCUCUUGUUGACUGAAAUGAACAGCUGUAAUCUGUAAAAGAUCAGCUUUAGUGCUUCAGCAAGUUGGAAAUAUGACUGAGUGGCAGAGGAAAACACCUUUAGAAUGGCUGGCUUAUGUAAAUAAAGAAGUGAAUGUUCUAGCAGCUGAAAAGCACCAGUAUAAAGGAUGGGUUUUAACAGUUGACCCAGUGUCUGCCAACAUUCUUCUGGCAAAUCCUGCUGAGAACGGAAAAGUGUUCAUCACAGGUGUCUUGGGCCAUGCUGUGCAGGAUGUAGAAAUAGUGACUGAAACAGAAGAGGAGAUGAAAGAGAAGCUUGCACAGCUCUUCAUGCCUGGAGAAGGCCAAACUUAUAGUCAGGAAGAGCUGGAGGAAAAAAAGAACAAUUUGAAGAACUGGCUGGAGAAAAACCAUAUCCCUGUAAUAGAGGAAGGAGACUCACAAGCAGUGCUGUGUAUUGCAGGGGUGCUGACUAUCAACCCGCCAUAUGGACCUGAAGACUGCAGCAGUUCCAAUGAAAUAAUUUUAUCUAGAGUCCAAGGAUUGAUACAAAGUUACCUUGCUCUUCAGCAGUGAAAAGUUAUUCUCAUUGAUUGAGGAAAAUGUAGUCUUACAUUUGAAAAACCUAUGUGAUAUCCUUUGAUUUUUUUCCCCUCAAGAUACCUCUGUUCGAGUUUUGCACUGUUCACAGAAAGUCUGAUGCUGACGCAGUCAAAGUUGGCCACCUUUUUCUGAAUUUCAGCUUCCUUUCUGCGUAACUACCAAAUGUAACACAAUUGUGCUAAUUUUAUAUUUUUGUAUGAAAAGAAGAGUUCAGGUUCUUUUCUUUCUCUAUGAUCACCCCCACAAUCCUGGGACACUUCCUAUAUAUAGAAUAAACAGUUGUAAAAUAGCUACAUGAAAUUAUCCAGAAGAGGUAUUGCUACCUUAAGCCACUCAAUAGGCUUCUUGCUACUAAAUAUUAAAAUUUCUCUAAAAUGUACAGCCAGUAUACAAUCAGAAAAAUGAAAAUAUCUGAACAAGCACAUUUCUUUUUAAUCAGCUAGUGCUUUCACAAAUAAUAUAUUUGUACAAGCCUGUGCCGUCCUUACAUCCUCUGAGAGGCCAUAGAAUUCCUGAGCAUUCUGGCUCCACGAUCACAAGACCUUGCUGUCUCCAAAGGCUGAGCAUCUCACUGCCCUGCUGGAGCCAGCCCUGAAAUAAGUCAAAUUAACUGCUCCCCACCGAGUUUGCUCCUGGGCCUCAGAGGUGGCCAAUAUGACAUGGAAGGUAAUAGGGAAGGGGGCAAGGACUUAGAAUGCCUAUCAGUUUUCCAGCUUCCUUCCCUGCCUCUUCACCUUGCUUUAUCUAGAUGGCCAAAAACACACUGUAGAUGAAGUGUGGGGCACAGGGUGUUAGGCCUCUAGCUUCAAAGGACUGCAGUUGGACUGUGCCAUAAAACUCCAAGAAUUGCUAUACUAGCAUUUUUCCUCCACUAGAAGGUGUUUGUAUUCACUGCAAAGGUGUGUAUUUCACUGUAAGAUGAUCUUUUUAGAAAGUGAUACAGCUACACCACUGGUCACUACGAGUAUAGAAUGAAUUACUACAGUGCAGUCUGUGUGUAUGCAAAUAAAGGACAUUACCUUCAGUUGACUGUUCAGUUGUUCAAGGGCAUCAGUGAAAACCAAGUCAGGCCUCUGUAGCAGAAAUUAAAGGGUGUGAUGGAAUUGCAUAAAUGCAAGUAAAGCUGAGUCAUUCAAUCCCUC